UACCUUCCCAACACAAAUAACUUCUCAAGUACGCACACACACAAACAAAAAAGUUAAAAAAGAGCUUGCGGUGAUGGACAAGAAAAAGUCAGUUUCUGGUUCCUCUUCAUCUUCUUCAUCUUUGGAUCAUCUUUUCGGUCCAAGAGUCUCCCCUUCGUCUUCUUCAUCAUCAACAACAGGAUUGUUCAAUUCUAUUUUCCCACCAACCUCAACGGAGACGCAAGCAAACUUGGCAAGUCGAAAUGGAGCUGCCAAAUAUCAACCUACAAAUUUGGGGAUUCCAAAUGAGAGAGGAGAAAGGAGCAAAAAUAAGGAGAGAAAGAGUUACCAAAAUGAAGAAACACAACCACCAUGCAACUUGAGCUCAUCCAUAUACUAUGGAGGCCAAGAUAACUAUUCCUAUUCAACUACCAACCCUGAUGCUUAUAAGAAAGAUGGAGAGGAAGGCGAUUCUGAAAGUGCUCCAAGAGGAAACUGGUGGGAUGGCCACAUAACUGGACAAGGUACGUUUAUCUCAUAUGUUCAGUACAAAUAA